GCUCGGCCCACAUUUCCCAAUUAUUUUCGAAAAACAGUCAAACCGGACUUGUUUAAUAAAAUGGAGGAAUAAGAGAAUAUUCCCCGAAUAUGCUUCCCCUCCUCCCCUAUAAAAGGAGGACUCCCCCUCAAUGUUAAGGGAGGCCAAUUUCACUCCUCUCCUGCUACUUCUCUCUCUAGAUAUUUUUAGAGUAUAUUUUUCCUUCUUUAAGAGCUUCUAGCUCCACCAUUAAUGGCUUUCGAGCCGAACUCUUGUACACACCCCCGAUAUUAAUAAAAAUCCUACCGCCAAAAAAGGCCCGUGGUUUUCUCCCGAUUUGGGUUUCCACGUCAAAAUCCCCGUGUUUAUAUUUUGGUGUAUUUUUAAACUAGUUUAUCGUUUUAGCCGGGCUAAAAACGGUAUACCGGUCGAUAAUUUACACCAUCAUUUUGGCGCCACCCGUGGGACCGGAAUAUUACUCAUGGAUGACCACAAAAUUUUACAUCAUUUGAAGGGGAAGCUUAGACGACUUGUCAUCGUCAUCCUCGACGGUGCUGGGAACAUCCGUCGUCGCCACAGGUUGGGCCUGCCGACAUCACCGACGAUGCACGAAGCUGCUGCUGAAAUCCCUAGGCCACCAGGACCGUAGACUGUCACCCUUGGAUGACUGUUGGUGGCGGCCCAACUUCCAGCAUGGACUAAAAAAAAUUGCCCAAAAAAAAGGGACAAGAGAAGAAGAGAGACUGAAGUCUAAACAGCCCUUCAUUCUGAAUCUUCGUCACCCAUGGCUCUUUGGGUUUGGAAUCUUAGCAAAAAAAAGAGGGGGAAAGAAAGGAGCACCCCAAAUUGCAGCCGUUGUCCACUGUCGCCUUCCCCUACCAGAUCCACCAUCGUUGCUGCUCAGACUCGCCCGUUGCUCAGACCUGCUGUCGCCGCUAGAAACAAGGGAAGGAAGAGGAAGAGAAGGAGGAAGACAGCCAACGAUCAGCACUGCAACUCCUCGAGCGGCUGGGCUACGGUGACGGCAAUAUUCUGGGAAGGUUCCGGUCUCGGUACGUUAGAGACUCAUUCCGGACAGACAAGGACACGUCGCAGAAACUUCAAGGAGCAAAAGACGGGCGACCACAUCUUAUGCCUCGAGGCAGACCAGUCCUCCUCCUCCGCCGGUAACGGCGUGGAGGAGACCAUCUGCACCGGCACCGCCAUGGUACAACAGAACAUCUACGACUCCUCACGCACCGACAUCUCUGACCCACUCGUCGGUUACUUCCUCACCGUCAACAAAUAUAGCCUCCCCAUUUUCGGCCUAGUCAAGCUCGUCGCCAGCCACGGCUAUCUUAAAAGGUCGCCUCAUCCUCUCCAAAGUUCACCGCCGAAGACUUAUGCUGCUGCCAUAGGAAUCCGUCACCACCACCACGGGGCCUGUCAUCAACGCCGUAAUCACAGCCCACACACUUACUGCCGCCGCUGCCCCUGUUAAACGGGGGGAGGAUGAUGCAGCUUGGUGCCAAUUUCUCUCCCGCACGCAUGAGUUCGUGGUUUUCACUAUGGACCUCCAUCACUCGACCUCGUUCCUAAAUGAGGGAAGUGUACAGUCGCCAGUGGUGGAGCAAUGAGCCAGUGACUGGAUACCAUUAUACCAUCAUCAUAGCCCCAUCACCAUACAAGCACGUAUGGCCAUAUGGGAGUGCAGAAGUAGGAAGAUCUGAAGAAGUCGCUGCUGCCACCAACGAGACUUGGCAUCAUCACUACUUUCACCGCAACCACCAAGCAACACUAAGGUCUCAAAGAUUUGCAUCGGGCUAAGGAGAUUUGCUUGCAACCAACAAGUCACGUGUGAAGAUAUCAUGGGCAGAUGCAUGUUUUUUCUAAUUAUUUGGAAGGUGCAUUGGGAUGGCAUGGGCCCACUGACAACACAGAGAUAAUGGAGUGUCAAGUACUCUCGUAUUUUUUAGUGGGGAGACAUUUUCAUGUGGGAAUAUCUUUGAUAAUGGAGAAUUGACUCCACAAAGAUAUAUGUUCCUCCAUAAUUGCAAGAAUGGAAAAAUUCCAAGAGGCAAAACUCCACCCCAUGAUCGGUGAGAAGGAAUUAAGCAAAUUCCCAUAGUUAUACUGGGUGCUACACCGGUCUUGCUCAAUACUCUACAAAGAAAGGAAAGGAAGACUGAGACACAAGCCGAGCUUGGUACGCUGGUUACGACACUGGUCUUGCUCAGUAUUAAAAAAAGGAAGACUGGGACACAGGCCCGGCCUGGCACGCUGGUUACUACACCGGUCUUGCUCAGUAUAAUAAAAAUAUUAAAAUAUGUGACACAGGCCCGGCCUGGCACGCUGGUAAAUAUCAUUCUUGUGCGCGAGACAGGCCAAGAAUGAUAUACACACCGGUCUUGCACAUAUUUUCUCGUAAGUCUGACCCCAAUCGAAUUGGGUACACCGGUGGCUCAGCUGAGCCCUUAUCGGGGAGGCCCGAUUCUUCAGGCCCUUUGAACAAUGCACUCCGGAAGUGGUCUCUACAUGACAUGAAGAUAUUUGCACCAGUUAGUCGGGCUAGCAUCGAUCUUCGACAAAGUUGCUGCAACAUACUUAAUUCGUAUUAAGUAACAUCGAUUACUUCGAUAUACUAAUUUCGCUAUGUAUUAUUUACUUAAUCCGUACUAACAUCGGUCUCGACGAAAUAACUACUUGAAGCACCGCCGCUUCAUCGUACUAACUCUGGUGUCGUAUAACUACUCGAAGCAUCGUUGCUUUAUCGAACUGACAUCGCUCAUGUUACGAUAAUUAUUCACGUGAAUUUUAACCACCCUAACACCGAGCUCCUCGGUAAAGAUAAUAAUUUUUUGAGCACGGCAUAGGCCGGUCAAAAAAAAUAGUUGUACAUAUUAUUUUUUGCAGGAAAAACUUCUGAUUGAAGAAAUAAAAGAAUUAAUGAAGACUCGGAGGACUAGCAAUAAUAUCAACUGGCCAAGAAUCCAAAGUACGAAGACUGAAGAUAUCACUCGGAGGACUUGUUUACUUUUUUAAGUUGAUGAUUCUCACAACUUAAAAAAGUGGAGGACUUCUUGAUGGGAAAUAAUACGUGGCUCGGCCCACAUUUCCCAAUUAUUUUCGAAAAACAGUCAAACCGGACUUGUUUAAUAAAAUGGAGGAAUAAGAGAAUAUUCCCCGAAUAUGCUUCCCCUCCUCCCCUAUAAAAGGAGGACUCCCCCUCAAUGUUAAGGGAGGCCAAUUUCACUCCUCUCCUGCUACUUCUCUCUCUAGAUAUUUUUAGAGUAUAUUUUUCCUUCUUCAAGAGCUUCUAGCUCCACCAUUAAUGGCUUUCGAGCCGAACUCUUGUACCGUGUACACACCCCCGAUAUUAAUAAAAAUCCCUCGUUGGCAAGGUACCGCCAAAAAAGGCCCGUGGUUUUC